AUGCAAGCUCAUCAGUGCCUCAUCACUGCUCCGCCAGCACCAGAUUUGGUAGAAGAGAUUUCACGCGGAGAUGUUCCCCUUCUGCUUUGGCACGGACGACAGGACAAAGUUAUUCCUAUUUCGGACGCCGUCGCCAAUCUGAAGCGCGCUGAGGCUGUGGGCGUAAUGAGCCUGCUGUUGGUAAUCCCCGACGGCGGGCACGUGCCAAUGAGCCAAGGCGGAGCCAAAAGAGCCAAGUUACUAGGUUAG